AUGGCGCCAUCACCGAAGCUCCGCUCGUCCAAGAAAAAGUCCGCGUCCCGCUCGCGAGCUUCGGAACGCACCGCCGCCGACGCCUCCCCGCACGCCGUCGACAAGAAGCGAAAGCAGCCGAAGCCUUCUUCUCGUAGCACGCCCGACGGAGCGAGUGACGCUCCCCCAGCUCAUCCGCCUGCUGCCACGGCAGACAAGAAGCCGGGAGUUGCCAAGCCACCCGAUGAGCCUGACCGCAAGGAGAACACACCCCGGUCUGGGCGGAAGGGGAGGGCCGUCAAGCGCGCCGCGGAGAGCGCGGGCGGGGACGCUGACGCCGCGAAGGUGUCAUUGGACGCUGCUGGCGAUGAGGCUCGGUCCCUGGAAGACGGCUUCGCUGCUGUGAAGCGGGAAGCGAAGAAGGCGAAGCGUCGCAGUGGCUCGAAGGAAAAGAAGCAAGAGACGCCGAAAGUCGCGACUAGGGUGAAGAAGACCGGCGCCGCCGCAAAAGCAUCAAUUGUGAACAAGUUCAGCCUUGAGCCCGAUGAGCAGCCCGCCAAAAAGAGCAAGAAGGCGAAGGCCACGAGGCGCGCACCACCCGGAGAAAGUCCAGACGUCGUCUUGAAUAGGCGCAUGACGAAAGAUAAGCUUUCCCUUUUAACGCGCUCCCCUCUUUCGCACCUGGUGUCGGAGGAGGACAAGGACGCUGCGGCGCAGCAGGUUUACGGCCAGGGCGCAUCGUUUUCCACGCAUGUCAAGCGGAAGCUGCAGAAUGCAGAUGUGGAUGAGAUCAUUCCGCUCGACUCUUCCCAGCCGCCGAAGAAGAAGUCCAAGGAUGCCAAUGCGGAUGCGAAAGACCUCGCCGAGCUGGUGGCCCGGCGGAAGGAGAGGAGGAUAGAGAAACGCCGACUGCGCAAACUGCGCAAGAGCGGGGCACGCGAGGAAGAGAGUACGCCAACAGAAAGUGGGGUCAUGUAUCUCGGUCACAUCCCUCAUGGGUUUUACGAGGAAGAGAUCAGAGGCUAUUUCGCACAGUUCGGUAGAGUCACCGCUGUUCGUUUGAGUAGGUCGAAGAAGACAGCGCGCAGCCGCGGUUAUGCUUUCAUUGAGUUUGAAGACACGGAGAUUGCGCAGAAGGCUGCGGAGUCUAUGGACGGGUACCUUAUGCAUGGACAAAAGCUGGUUGCUAAGGUAGUUCCACCGGAGAGGCUGCACCCUGAAACCAUGAAAGGAGCGGAGAGAAAGUUUAAAAAGGUCAAGUUUUCAACCGUAAUGCGCAACGGCCUCAUUCGAAGAUCAAGAGAUCCGCUCAAGCUCGCACAGCGUUCUAAGCAUGUGCAGAAAAAGUUGCAUGGGAAGAAGGCACGGCUAGAAAAGAUGGGUCUGAAGUACCAGUUUCCAGAAAUUGCAUCCGAUGGUCAGUGA